AGAGAUGCAAAAACUAAUGGUAUUUAAUUUGGUGUUGAUUGAUGUAUGAUAUUACUGAUAAAGUCUAAACAAAUACAAUGCAAUAAUGCCUUGAAAAAUAACAUUUAACGGUAUCCUAAUCCAUAUUAAACUCAUAUAAGAUAUAUAAAUAAUUGUAUAUCACUUACAUUGUUGGAUUAAAAUAUUACUUUCCUAGCAAGUAACGGAUUAGGAAACGAUCCCUAUAAAAAACCCCCCUAUUCACCACUUGAUCCAAGUCAUCUGAUUUAGAAUAUUACGAAAAUCUUUCACCAUGGCUGACACUAUGAGUUUCAUCAUCAUGCAUGCAUUGCUUGCAUUAUGGGCACUUAUUGUUGCACUGAUUAUGAUACUUAUGGCUAUCCUUUGUUUUCGCAAGGAUUCUUCCAACCGAGAUCAUGAAAUUGGGGUAACCAACUAUCCGAUAGCUGAACAGGGCAUGCAUGGACCGCCAUUGCAGAAGCACGAAGAAGCUUCAAGGCCGAUCAUGGUCGGGACCGUUGUUCAGUACAAGAAUGAAGAAGGAACUGAAUCGCGUUGCACCGAGUGUGUUAUAUGCUUAGAAGAGUUCAAAGAUGGAGAUUCUUGUAGGGUUCUUACAAACUGCAACCAUCUGUAUCAUCAACUUUGCAUAGAUGAAUGGCUGGUUAAGGACUCGCAUUGCCCCCUUUGUCGUGGUUCGACCAUGUAACCAUGUAUCUUAUUAUUAUUUUCAAGUAUUUAUCCGGACACGAGUAUGAGGAUAUGAUUACUCUGUAAAUAUAGAAAUUCAUUUAGAAAAGAUUAAACGUAUCUGUAACCAACACUCACAGAUA